UGCGAGAGAGCGUGUUAAUCACUGUUACAACACUAGAAAGAAGCAAUAUGUACCCUCUCAGCAUGACUAUAAGCGUGGGGGGCGUGAUAAUGGGAGUGUUGAUGGGUACAGGCAUCGCGAGGGUGCACUCAAGAGCAUUACCCCAUGGAUCAAUUCACUCAAAAGGAAGGGAUUACGCUGUGUACUACUACAGGAUGGGGCUCCAGCUCACAAAUCACGAAUAGCCCGCGAUUACUGUACUGUAGAGCGCAUAGAGCGCAUGUGGUGGCCCGGCCACUCACCCGACGUUAAUGCAUCCGAGCAUGCCUGGCCAUGGAUUCGACGUCAUGUGACUCAGGAUUUCACGCCAAGCUGCACUGGGAUAGAGUGCAAGCGACAGUGGGAGGAGGAGUGGGAUGCGAUACCUAUAGAGGUGAUAAAUAAGUGGGUGAUGAGUAUACCUGAGGUGGUGAGACGUAUCAUAAAACAUGGCGGCAACAACGACUUUCACGGGUGACUCAACACCGGAAAAUCUCAGAAUAGCGGCAGCAGUAUACAAUU